GAGGAGACGGAGGACACAGACGAUGACGAGUGCGAGCUGGACACGGAUGACGACGAAGCGAGCACCACCGUCAGCAAGUCCCCGACCACAGCUGGCACGAGUUCGGCGACGGACGGCGCCGCCUCCGUGCAGCUGACCCCCGAGCUCUCGGCGGAGUCCCCGGCCGCCAGGGCGGCGCUGCAGCUCCUCUGCCGCAGCGCGGUCCGGCUGCCGAAGCAGGCGCCCGCGGCCGCGGCGGGCACGCCGCAAGGGCAGCUGCGGUCGCAGUCGCCGGCCGCCGCGGCGGCGCUGCGCUUCAUCCAGCGCAACCUGGCGCACCUGCCUCCUGGUCCAGGCGCCGCCGCCGCGCUCGGGCGCGCGCCCCCCAGCCCGGUCGCGGCGGUGUGCCGCGGCCCGCCGCACGCGCCGCGGAGAGCGCGCCCUGCACGGCGCCGCCCGCGGCCAGGGCCGACGCGGCGCUGGCGGCCCAGCGGUGACCCCCCGCGGGGGCGCGGCGCGGCCGACUUGGCGGGCCGAAGCCCAACGGGUCCGCCCGGGGGCUGCCCUUCAUCUAGGCGUCGGGCCAGCCGCGGCUGCGGGAGGGUGUGCUCGCGAGUUUGA